AUGUCACGCAAUGGAAUGGCUGCUGGGUCAGCCACUCCUCGCCCAAAUCACUCCGGAGUCCCCGGGGCUUUUUCUCGCUUCUAUCAGCGAUCUUUCCCUGUGAUUGACUACUUUGCGCUGUGUUUUGUGAUCGCCAGUUGGGUCUUAAUCCAGCUAUUUGUGACCCCAUUCCAUCGGCUGUUUUCGCUCGACAACAAAUCUAUUCGAUACCCCUUUGCGGUCGUGGAGCGAGUCUCCGUGGUCUGGUCAAUCGUCUAUGCCGGUCUUAUUCCCUUCCUGAUUCUCAUGCUUUGGGUUUCCAUGUUCCGUCCGAAUCGCCAUAAAGUCCAGGUGACCCUGCUUGGGUUCUUUGUCGCCGUGAUGCUCACCUCUCUUCUUACGGAUAUCAUCAAGAAUGCGGUGGGAAGACCUCGACCGGACCUGAUCUCGCGCUGCAUUCCGAAGAAGGGGACACCCCAGGACACUCUGCUUGAUUGGACUGUAUGCACACAACAGAAUCAACACAUCCUGCAGGAGGGAUGGCGAAGUUUUCCAAGUGGUCACAGCAGCUUUUCUUUUGCCGGGCUCGGAUAUUUGUCCUUCUUCAUCUCCGGCCAAAUGCACGUCUUCCGACCGCGGACCGACCUGUGCCGCUGUCUCAUAGCGCUUACGCCGCUACUCUGUGCUCUGAUGGUGGCCAUUUCCCGUCUUGAUGAUUAUAGACAUGAUGUUUACGACGUGACUUCUGGAUCCGUUUUGGGUAUUUUCGUUGCUUUCUUUUCAUACCGUCGUUACUAUCCCGCGCUGCGAUCCCCGAUUUGCGACAUCCCUCACGAGAAAGACGACCUGGUUGGCCCGGAUGGUUUCGCCAAGCUUCCGGGCGACGAGGAGCAGCAAUUACAAGGCUCUGGGCUUCUCUCCCGUCGCUGGGAAUCAGAGGAGUCUUAUCAAAUGGGUGAUUCUGCGUCCCCCCGGGAACAGUAG